GUGAUGUGUUAACACGUGCUGUCGCCUCGUUACAUUCGGUAAUGACGCGAAUAUUAGAAGCGUAUUAACGUUAGCUUCAGAGCUAGCUUGUUCCGCGGGGCGGGAGGAGCUGAGCUCCGACAGCCGAGAGAGAAGCUCCGGGAGGCGGCCACGGCAGCCAGUGGGGCAGUGCGGGCGGCCGUGUGUUGUGUGAGACUCAUCCUGCAUGGACCCGUCGCCAUGAGCAACAAGGAGAUGGUUUCCACGGAGACAGAGAAUAAAGGACCGAGGAAGGUGUUUCUUCCUAACAAGCUGUUGGAGUGUCUCCCUCGUUUGUCCGGUCUGCCUAACGAGCGGCUCAGGUGGAACACUAACGAGGAGAUCGCUUCGUACUUGAUAUCAUUUGACAGACAUGACGAGUGGCUCUCCUGCACUCUGAAAACCAGGCCGAAGAACGGCAGCAUCAUCCUGUACAACAGGAAGAAGGUGAAGUACAGGAAGGACGGAUACUGCUGGAAGAAAAGGAAGGAUGGGAAAACGACGAGAGAGGACCACAUGAAGCUGAAGGUCCAGGGCAUGGAGUGCCUGUAUGGUUGCUACGUCCAUUCCUCCAUUGUGCCGACAUUCCACAGACGAUGCUACUGGCUGCUGCAGAACCCGGACAUCGUGCUGGUCCACUACCUGAACGUGCCGUCCCUGGAGGAUUCUGGGAAAUGCAGUCCGCUGCUGUGUGCGGUGGCCGACCGCCAUGACAGCGUGAGGUGGAGCCGGGACGACCUGCUGAACCAACUGAAGCCCAUGUUUCACAGUAUGAAGUGUUCGGUGGGCUCCGGUGAUUUCAGUAUCGAGGAGCUGGUUCAACACAUUCUGGACCGACAGAGAACCAAACCACAGCCGCGCACACACACCUGCCUCUGUAACACCGCCCAGGUAUCUUCAGGAGUGAACAUUCCCCACCGCUGCAACAGCACCAAGCAUCGCAUCAUCUCCCCCAAACUGCCUCCGUCCUCCUGCAGACCCUCCCCCUCGUCUCACUCCUCUGAAGCAGGGGAUGCUGGGAGGGGAGGAGGAGGAGGAGGAGGAGGAGAUGCCAAACUACCCCACCUGCAGGCUCAGAGCAGCCCGGUGUCGUCUCCAUGCCCCUCGUCCACCUCCGCCUCCUCGCCGCCUCAGCCUCACAGAGCCACCAUCACCAUGGGUAACCACGGCAACGGCUUCUACGACCGUCAUGCCAACCUGACGACGGUUGCGCUGCCCCAGAAUGCGGUGAUCGUCAUGGCAACAACCACCGCCAUUGCAGGGGGAAGAGGCGGAGGAGUGGGAGGCGGGGCCAGAGGAGAGGAGGCGGCGUCAGGGAGAAGCCUGUCACUCACCCGGUCCGGCCAGUUACUGCUCUCACCUGCCCUCCCCCCUCCUGCCGGCAACCCCGCCUCUCCCUCCCCUCCCUCCUCCUCACCUGCUCCUCCCUCACUCCCCCCUCCUCCCCCUGUCCAGGCAGCAGGGGUGGCCACCCUCUCCCUCACCCUCCUCCCCUCACCUGUGAUCGGAGGUCUGCUCCUGACCCCCUCCUCCUCCAACACCUCCUCCUCCAUCAGUUCCCCUCCUCCUCCUGCUGCUGCCUCCCCUCCCUCUCCCUCUCCCUCUCCCCCAUCGCCCCCCUCACCUCCCCUGCCUCCCCCUUCCCUCCCCCCAGUUUUUGACCCUGACUCCUUCCUCAACUCCCCCAAACAGGGUCAGACGUAUGGCGGCCCACCCCCUCUCUCCUCCACCCCCUCUCCUGUUCUCUGCUCCUCCUCCCCCCUCUCUCCCCCGUCCCUCGCUCUCUCCCUCUCCCCCACCUCCACCCCUCCAUCCUCUGUCUCUCCUCCCUCCUCGCUCUCCUCCUCCUCGUCCUCCUCUGAGGCAGACAGACGAGACUCCACUCUUCCUCACCCCUCCUCAUCUUCUUCCUCCCCUACGCCUGCCUCCUCCUUCCCCCCAUCACUCGCCCUGUCUCCCUCCUCCUCUGUGGCCCCGCCCCUCCUCCCCCUCUGCCUGGAGCUGGGAGCUCUGGGGGAGUCGGCGGGGGGGAGGGAGUCGGAGGCGGUGGGAGAAGAAGAGGAGGUGAAGGACCGGAGAGGAGGAGAUGAUGAUGAUGAUGAUGAAGGCAGCGCUCCUCCCACCAAGCUGGCUCUGCUGCAGACAAGCCACGCCUCCUCCUGCUCAUCUCCACGGCAACACACAGGAAGUAGCUCCGCUUCACUGCUCUUGGUUUGCCAGGACUCAUCGAGCCAGCACGUGCAACCGGCCAAUCAGGCAAAGCGACAGGCUGACGGACAAACGCCAUUGGUCCUGGCACAAUCCUAUAAUCACCUGUCUGCGCCUGAAACUCCGCCCCCCUCCACGCUGUCCCAUCAGCCCAUGGUGCUGCCGCAGACUCAGACAGUGUUUGCAAAUGCUACAGCUAACAUGGCCUCAGACAAUAACUCCGCCCCUGCUGCUGUCGCCAUGGACACCUCUCAGCUGACGACGCCUCCCAUCCAGGUGAAGGAGGAGAGUAGGCGGAGCUACGACUCAGAGGACACCUGCAUGGACACGCACCUGGAGGAGGAGGCGGAGCCCUGUGAGCGUGGGGGGGAGGAGCUCGACAUCUCCUUCGACAGCCAGUUCCCUGACCUCAUCUCUGACCUCAUCACCGAGGAGGCCAAUCCCGUCGCAGCUCACCCCGCCUCCUCUGCUGCUCCCGUGGCAAACCCGGCCGUGUUCCCAGCGGGGGUCCGCUACAUGGUUCCCCCCCAGCCCUCGCCCUCCUCCUCCUUCCUCCCCUUUCCUCACCCACUGCCCUCCUCCUCCUCAACACGCCUCGCCUCCAUCACGGACUUCUCCCCGGAGUGGUCGUACCCCGAGGGAGGUGUGAAGGUGUUGAUAACAGGACCGUGGAGCGAGCUGUUGGGUCGAUACUCGUGUGUUUUCGAUCAGAGCACCGUCCCUGCAUCGCUGAUCCAACCUGGAGUGCUGCGCUGCUACUGCCCUGCCCACGAGGCUGGUCUGGUGUGUCUGCAGGUUCUGGAGUCCGGAGGUUCGGUUUCCUCCUCAGUUUUGUUCGAGUACCGAGCGAGGAACGCCAGCUCCCUGCCCAGCUCUCAGCUCGACUGGCUCUCACUGGACGAUAAUCAGUUCAGGAUGUCCAUCCUGGAGCGGCUGGAGCAGAUGGAGCGCAGGAUGGCAGAGAUGGCCGCCCGGGACAACAACCAGCAGCAGCAGCAUCAUCAUCACUGUCAUCAGCAGCAGCAGCACCAGAGCAGUCAGCUAGCCACGCCCCCUCCUCCACCUCUACCUGAGGACCACGAACAGACCUCUCAGUGGUUUGAGAGGAGGAUUGUGGGAGUGUGUGAGCGGAUGAUGAGGGGAGGACGAUGGAGAGGAGGAGGAGGAGGAGGAGAGCGGCUUCAUCACUCCGUCCGUCACCGCGGGAUGACGCUGCUCCACCUGGCUGCUGCUCAGGGAUACACACACCUGAUACACACUCUGAUCCACUGGAGGACCGUUAACAGCGACAGUCUGGAUCUGGAACAGGAAGUGGAUCCUCUGAACAUCGACCACUUCUCCUGCACGCCGCUGAUGUGGGCGUGUGCUCUGGGCCACCAGAGGGCAGCAGAGCUCCUGUACGGCUGGAACAGUUCUGCUCUGGGGAUCCCUGAUUCGCUGGGCCGCCUGCCGCUCGCCGUGGCUCGCUCACGAGGACACACCCGCCUCGCCACGGCGCUGGAGGAGCUGCAUACGCAAACACACAUGACGCCCGGGGACACACACACCUCUCCUGCAGACACACACACACCGGCCACACCGCAGCCACCACAGCCACCGUCUCCUCUGUCCACCAGCCCGGACACAGGUCUGAGCUCUUCCAGCAGCCUCCCCUCCCCCAGCGACCCCUCCUCCCCCUCUCCGAGCUCCGCCUACUCCAGUGGCCCCGCCCCCAUGGACACCUCUCCCUCCUCUCCAUCGUCUCCUUCCUCGUCCUCUUCCUCGCUGCCCGUCUCCCCUCCCUCCCCCUCCUCUCUCCCCCUCUCUCUUCCUCCUGUGUCCAUGUGGGGCGAGGAGCCGAGCGGCGUGCUGAGCUCAGGUUUGAACCCCGGCGGCUCCAGAGACGCUCACCUUUACCUCAUGGACUACGAGAGCGGCAGCCCCCCCUCCCCCAGCCACACUCACCCUCACGCACACAUGGCGGGCGGGCGGCGGGCGCACAUGGCGGCGACGCUGGAGGAGCAGCUGCUGAGCUACAGCGAGAACGCCGAGAACGAGGGCGAGGAGGAGUACCUGGAGGAGGAGGUGCUGCAGGUUGACAUGGCAACCCUGGCUGAGCAAAUCAUCGAGGCGACUCCUGAGCGAAUCAAGCAGGAGGACUUCCCCAGGGGGGCGGAGUCUCCACUCAGAGAGAGGCGGGACAACCCGGCCAUACAGGACACCUGGCUGGCUACAUACCUGGACACGGUCGACGCCCACACACACUCCCCGCCCAGGCGGGUGUGCCCCCCUUCGCCCCUCAGCGCUCUGGCCCUCCAGAGGCUCCGCCCCCCCUCCUCUGCGGCGUGGGCGGAGUUCCUGAACGCCUCGGCCAAUGGGAAGAUGGAGAGAGACUUCGCCCUGCUGACGCUGACGGACGGAGAGCAGAGGGAGCUGUACGAGGCCGCCAGGAUCAUCCAGAACGCCUUCAGGAGAUACAAGGGUCGGAGGUUAAAGGAGCAGCAGGACAUGGCUGCAGCCGUCAUCCAGAGAUGCUACAGGAAGUACAAACAGCUAACAUGGAUAGCUCUGAAGUACGCUCUCUACAAGAAGAUGACCCAGGCGGCCAUCUUGAUCCAGUCCAAGUUCAGGUCGUACUACGAGCAGAAGCGUUUCCAGCAGAGCCGGCGGGCGGCGGUUCUGAUCCAGCAGUACUACCGCAGCUACAAGGAGUACGAGAGGCUGAAACAGGCGCCGAGAGGCGCCGCCAGCCACAACCCCAAGAUCAAGGGGUCGUUCUUGACGAAGAAACAGGACCAGGCAGCGAGGAAGAUCAUGAGGUUCCUGAGACGCUGCAGACACAGGAUCAAGGAGCUGAAGCAGACGAGGGAGCUGGAGAGGAGAGGACUGACCACCUAAACCUCGUCUUCACUUCAUCUCCUGGAGGGGAAACACAGAGGACGGACGGACGACAGAGAGACAGAAAGAAACAGAGACGCUUGAUCGUCGUCCUUCAGCAGGUUCACAGAGACAGACGUGAAGAGACUGACGGAGAGAAGCCUCACCCCACGCCACCUUCAUGCUCUAACUUUCCUCCGUCUGUCUCUCUGAUUAUCCGUCUCUCCGUCUGUCUCUCUGUCUGUCUCUCUGUCUCUCCGUCUGUCUCUCCGUCUGUCUGUCCUCCGUCUGUCUCUCUCUGUCUCUCCGUCUGUCUCUCU